AUGAGUUCCAACGCAAAUGAAAAUAGUGAAAUCGAUAAUAACAAUAAUAACAAUGAAACCGAACAAAUUUUAAAAACUUCCUCAUCUUCUGUAAAUAUAGUAUCAAAUCAAAAUGUGAAGCAGCCACAGCAGCAACAACAACAAAUAUAUAAAGUACCAUUAACACCAUCAAAAUCAAAAACUUCACAAAAUCAAUCACAACAACAACAGCCACAACAGCCACAACAACAACAACCACAGCAGCCACAACAGCAGCAACAACAACAACAACAACAACAAUCAACAACACCAUUAUUACAAUCACAAUCAAUAUUACAAUCAAUACCACAAACUAUAACGAGUACAUUACAACAACAACAACAAGUUAAAAAAGAAGAACAAAAACAAAAAUUAAUACAACAAACUCAUAUAAAUUCAUUAAUUCAAAGUGGUCCACCACAAUUAUCACCACCAGCUCUCUUUGGUACAAUUGAACCCUUAUUAUAUAGAACAAAUUCAUUAUAUCCUGCAAACUUUCCUUUUAUUAAAUUAUUAGGUUUAAAAACUGUCGUACAAUUAUCACCAGAAGUACCAAUUAAAGCUGUUUCAAGCUUUUUUCAAGAAAAUAAUAUUAAUUUAAUUCAUUUAGGAUUAAAAUCAUGGAAAGUUGACAUAUCAUGGAAACCAUUAACAGAUGAACUCAUUAAAGAAUGUUUAGAAAUUGUUUUAAAUUAUGAUUAUUAUCCACUUAUGAUAACGUGUACAUCAGGUGUUCAUCAAACUGGUGUAUUAGUUGGUUGUUUAAGAAGAUUACAAAAUUGGAAUCUUACUUCAAUUUUAGUCGAGUAUAAAGCAUUUAGUGGUCAAAGUAAUACAAGAUAUGUGAAUGAACAAUUUAUUGAACUCUUUGAUGUUGAUUUAGUAACAUUUCCAAAUAAAUUACCAACAUGGUUCAUUGAACAACAAAAAAUGUUGGAAGAAGAAUUGGAAGAGUUUGAAAACUCGAGCUUUACAAAUAAUAAUAGUAAUGAAAAUAGUGUUUCUAAUUCAACUGAUAAGUUAUCGAUCUCUACUGAAUUAUCAAAUCAAAAUAAUGAAAAUAAUAAUAAUAAUAAUAAUAGCAAUAAUAAUAGUAAUAGUAAUAGUGUAAACUCAUCUUCAAAUUCUGUAUUAAAUAAUACCACAACCACCACCACCAAUACUCCCAAUAAAUAA